GGCAGCCGUCGCCACCUGUCGACGGCAGCCGUCGCCACCUGUCGACGACAGUCGUCAACGCGUCGACGGCAGCAGUCAAUACUUCGACGGCUGCCGCCGACAGGUGGCGACGCUUGCAGUUGUAGCGUGUUACGUCCGCCAUUUUGUCAGUCGACGACAAAUAAACAAAGAGUGCGCAAGCGUCGUGCGUCUACAAAAUGAGCUCCGGAGACGAAAUUGAUGUCGAAUUGUUAAUUAUGGCAGUAAAAAAAAGGCUUUGUCUUUGGAAUUAUAAGCUACAAGACUACAGUAACAAGACAAUAAAAAACAGAGCAUGGGUAGCAGUGUGUGAGGAAAUUGUAAAUGAUUUUAAGGAUAAAUCCAUAAUUGAAAAAAACGCAAUCGGUAUACAGGUACAGUCUAAAUGGAAAACUUUAAGAGACGGCUUCACAAGAUAUUGCAGAACUUUGAAGAGAAAAAGUGGUUCCGCAGUGUCUAAAGCAAAACAGUAUACAUUCUAUGAUCAACUACUAUUUUUGAAAGAUGUUACCGAAGAUAAGGGUCAAAGUACUUCAAACUUUGAUGCUCCCUCUCAGACAAUUCUACCACCAACAACAACGCCAACGCCAAUGCCAAAACGACAACGGAUACGCCAAAGUGAUGGUGAUGAUGCUUUGAUUGAAAAAUUAACUAAGAAAUUAAAUUAUAAACUGGAUAAAGCUGAGAGAGACUUUUCUCCUCCUCCAGAUGAGGAUAAGUUAUUUCUGUUGUCCCUAGUAAGUGAUUUCAAAAACAUAACAGCAGAUUGGAAAUUAGACGCCAAAUUAGAAGUUAUGCAAGUAAUAAAACAUUACAAGUCUCUUUCAAUGCCUUCAACGAGUCAUUCUUCAUAUAACUACGCGGGUUAUUCCACCACAACACAUUCUGCAAGACCGGAAAGUCAAGUCACAACUAAUGAAAGCUUGUCGUCUCAGAAUUCCAUGCAAAACACAAUUCCUUCAACGAGUCAUUCUUCUCAUAACUAUUCGGCGUACUCCACUACAACACAUCCUGAAAGACCGAAAAGUCAACUCACAAAUAUUGAAAGCUUAUCCUCUGAGGAUUCUGUUUCAAAUACCAUAAUAACUGAACUCUUCUCAGAAUAA